AUGCCUCUUCAAGAGGCUGAACUUGCAGCUCUCGCGACUGGUCAAAACCGCUUCCUUGUUUUCUUCUCAUCUCGAGUGGACGGUAAAUUGUGGUGCCCCGACUGCGCAGCUGUGGAGAACUUGAUCAACGAAACCUUUGCUCCAGAGAGUAGUCCAUUCGCGGUUCUCGUAUAUGUUGGCCAGAAAGCAGAAUGGAAGUCCCAGGACAAUAUCUUCCGCAAGGACCCAUGGUGCCUCACCGCCAUCCCAACGAUCGUCAGGUUGAAUGAUGUGAGCCGCCCACGUACCCAGUCUAUGCGCUGA